AUGACGUCCUCUACUACCGCGCACCCUCCUGCGCAAGGACUACCACCCAUCAGCAGCUUGACCAAUGGUAUACCUAAAGCCGCCACGCGACUUUCUCCAGAUCGUAAUUCACUUGCAGAGUCUACACGAGACUCUGGUACGUGGCCUCAACCACAGAGUAAGCACAGCUCUGUGAAUGGCCAAGGCCUCCAGGUCCAUACCCUUCUGAACCCAGACUCACCGCCACGCCACUCCAUACCAAGCACACCUUUGUCUGCUCGCAUGCCCAUAUCCGCGCAUUCAACCGGCUCACAGCUCCCCUCCAUCAAUCAAGGCUUCCACCAUGACCCUAAUCGAGACUCUCGCGACUAUGCUACGACCCUUGACUCCCGUCGCAGCAGUGUGGAUAGCCGCAUGUAUGCGGGUUUCAGCAACAUGUCUGUCAACCACAACAACAACCCUACCUCGCCGUACGAGAGCGCACAUGGAUCACAGGUAUCGUUGGCUGCUAGCUUACGCAAACCGAAUGGGGUACCAAUGUCACCGCUAAGCACACGGGGAUCAGUUCGCACUGCACCACGUAUAGCUCCCGUGAUUCAGCCUAUGGGUAGAGUCUCAGGCGCACCGGAUCCCUUGGCUUCGCGACCAACCCAAGGCUAUGCCUGGGCUUUCCCUGAUCAUCCUAUCCCAGAGGAGCAGCGUGGCUCAGAGGAUAGCGAUGAAUCCAGUAUACAUACGUACUCGCGGACUAACAGCAUCGCCGGCAACUCAAUACGAAGCAGCAUCUUCUCAAAUGACUCGCAAAUGCCGGUCGGCCAGCGAAGAUUUGACGAUGAGCGGACCACGCACCACCAUAGUAUGCAACAUCCAGCCAUAUCGAGCCUGCAGAACGAUAAGUUGGCACAGCAGAACAUCGGAAACUACAGCAGGACACCUGAGUUACGAGUCAGCCACAAGCUUGCAGAGAGGAAGCGGAGAAGUGAGAUGAAGGAUCUUUUCGAGGAUUUGAACAAGGCGGUACCAGCUGGCGGAGGCACGAAAGCGAGCAAAUGGGAGAUACUUACGAAAGCAAUCGAAUAUAUUCGCAGCACACAACAGCACGAACGGAACAUGAACGCGGAGCUCUCCCGACUGCAGCGGGAAAGUGACUAUGGCCGCGAGGCGCAGAAGGAGAACGAUAUGUUGAAGACGGAGGUCCAGGUCAUGCACCAACACUUGAGGCGACUGGAUUCAAAUGCACCGCACGUCUACGGCCACUUCACAUCUCAGCUCAACCAAGGAGCGCCAGCGCAGACAAAUGGUGCAUCUGGGAUCUCACUGCCGCCCCUCAACCCGCCACAACAGCCUGCAGCUGCUAUGCAAGGUGUGGAAUAUGGAGGUUAUGGUUCGCGGUAG